GGCAGUGCCCACAGGGGGCAUGUGUGUGUAAGAACUCCUCCCUCAUGUUGACAACUCGACAGCUUGCCCUGACUCAACCUGUGGCUUUGUGCAGUGGUGCAUCGAGAAGCCACAGAUGAAUUGAGAAGCUGGCGUGCGUUCUGACCAGCGUUAGGUCUCUGUCGAGCACUGAGCGAAACUGCUGCACGUCAUGUGGGGUUGCAACCAACCUCCUCACGUCAGCUUCCUGCCACCGAUGCAGACAGUGUGUGCGUGACUUACAGCAUCAGCAAACAACACAAUCACUGAGGAGACUGUUCCACCCUGCCUGCGCUGAGCAUCACACUUGGACACAACUGGCCGGAGUUUGUAUACGGACUAUAGACCAGACCAGACCCACACCGCAGCCUUCUCCAACCUCACAGCUCCACAAGGUUGGUUUUGUGAUGAUCCACACAGUGAGUACGGACAUAGACCAUUCGAAUAUGAACGACUCGGCCAACAAUGCGCUGUCCUGCAAUGAGACAAUGUGUGGAAUUCGCUUUGGAGAAAGUGACACUGCCCUGGCCUUGAUGUACGGCAUCACCUUCCUGGUCAGUCUGACCAUGAAUUGUCUCACCCUCUGGCCAAUCAUCCUGCAGGUCAAGCAGAAGAACGUCCUUGGCAUCUACCUCUUGAGCCUCACCAUCUCCGAUCUCCUGUACGCUCUGACCAUCCCCCUCUGGGUCAUCUACUACUACAGCGGUCACCGCUGGAGGUUUGGCUGGGUGACCUGCCACCUCUCGGGCUUUAUCUUCUACUCCAAUGUCUACAUCAGCAUCCUCAUGCUCUGUUGUAUUUCCGUUGACCGCUACCUGGCCAUAGUCUAUCCCAUGAGGUCAAAGAACAUCCGUCGGCCCAGCAAGGCCAUCAUGCUCAGCCUGCUCAUCUUCAUAUCCGUCUUUACUGUCCACCUUCUGGUCAUCCUCUGUACCAUCAACGACAAGGGUCCCGACAUGCUCAACCUCACCUGCUAUGAGCACAUCCCCCUGGUCAAGCCGGUGGCCUUUGGCAACUACAUCCGGUUCUUCAUCGGCUUCCUGCUACCUCUCCUCCUUCUCAUCUUUUGCUACCAGCGAAUUCUCAAAGGGGUCAGGAAUAGCUUGAGCCUCCAGGACGAGCUGAAGACCAAGGUCAAGCAACUCUCCAUCUCGGUCAUCAUCAUUUUCCUCAUCUGCUUUGGCCCCUACCAUAUCAUCCUCUUGGCCAGAACCAUCAACUUCUCUAUGAUGGACUGCACCUGCCAAUUCGAACAUAAGGUUCACAUCUACUUCAACAUCUCCUUGGCUUUCUCCAGCCUCAACAGUGCUGUGGACCCCAUCCUGUAUGUACUGGUCAGUGACAAUGCCAAGAAGGACCUGAAGAAGUCUUUUGCCGCCAUUAGAUACGGAUGCUUCAAGAAGAGGCUCUCCAGUUAUCCCUGCACGAUGACCACAAGGACCCAUGUUUAAACGCCGACUGUGGGCUCAAGGAACUAAAGGGGUGAAGGUCCAGAGCAGGGUUAACCUAUGAUGAGCGUUUGUCGGCACUGGGCCUGUACUCACUGGAGUUUAGAAGAAUGAGGAGAAAAACUCAUUGAAACUUACCGAACAGUGAAAAGCCCGGAUAGAGUGGAUGAGGAGAGGAUGUUUCCACUAGUGGGAGAGUCUAGGACUAGAGGUCACAGCCUCAGAAUUAAAGGACGUUCCUUUAAGAUGAGGAGGAAUUUCUUUAGCCAGAGGGUGGUGAAUCUGUGGGAUUCUUUGCCACACAGACGGAUGUGGAGGCCACAAGUCAGUGGAUAUCUUGAAAGCAGAGAUAGAUAGAUUCUUGAUUAGUGCGGGUGUCAGGGGUUAUGGGGAGAAGGCAGGAGAAUGGGGUUGAGAGGGAGAGAUAGAUCAGCCACGAUUGAAGGGUGGAGUAGACUUGAUGGGCCGAAUCUAAAUCCCUUUGUGACCCAGAAUAUUUUGUUGUGCGUGUGAGUGUGUCUUUAACCUCAGUCUUUACUACAGUCAUACAGCAUGGCAACAGGCCCUUCGGCCCAACUUGUCAAUGUUGGUCAAGAUAUCCAUCAACACUAUUCUGAGUUUCCAGAUUUGACAAAACCCUCUCAAGCUUUCCAAUACAUGUGCCCUGACUUUUAAAUGGUUUAAGUUUACCUGCCUCAACCACCUCCUCCGGCAGCCUGCUCUAUAUGCCCCAGUGGUGCAGCGGUAGAAUUGCUGCCUACAGCACUGGAGACCCAGGUUCGAUCCCGACUACGGGUGCUGUCUAGACGGAGUUGGCACGUUCUCCCCGUGACCUGCGGGUAUUUUCUCCAAGAUCUUCGGUUUCCUCCCACACUCCAACAGGGGUUAGGUUCAUUGGCUUGGUAUGAGUGUAAAAUAGUGUGUGUAUGAUCGUGUUAGUGUGUGGGGAUCGCUGGUCGGCAGGGACCUGGUGGGCCGAAGGGCCUGUUACAGCUCUGUAUCUCUAAACUAAACCAAACUGACAAGAUAUUGCUGCCUCGUGAUUUAUAUAUCUGUUUAAACUAAUUUUAUGUUCAUUCAUUGUUAUUUGUAUUGUAAAUCAGAUUUUAAAUUCUUAAAAUGAAUAUUUUGAAACACUGGGGAUUUGAAAAUGGCGUCUUAAUUUUUGAUGAAUUAAUUCAUUAUUUUUCAAGGAUCUGUAUUAAUUUAGUGGGUGUAUCUGUGUGCAUUUGUGUGUGCUCGCGUGUGUUUGUACAUGUGUCUGUGUGUGUGUGUGUGUUUGUACAUGUGAAUGUAUG